CUAUAAGCCGGCCUUCACUCUUCAACCCGGGCAUCUCUGAUCGCCAUUUAAACUUGACUCUGGCAGUAUCAAGAAUCUUUCUCAUCUCCCUAAGCUUAGUCGUAUCUUAGUCAACGUUGUUUACCAGCUCAAUUCAUUCGGCUGUGCUUUCUUACCCCGAACUGUCCAGUUCUUGGACUGAUCCAUCGCUUUCCUUUCCCUUUGCAUCUUUGCUUUCUUUCCUCCUACAUCAUUCACCCGAGAUGGCUACCAAAAUCUCCAUCCCGGAAUAUCGGGCUACUGCGGUGGAAGAUAUCCCCGACAUUGCUCGCUCCGUGCGCCAGACCUUCCGGACUCAUAAGACCAAGGACGUCGAAUGGCGCCUGGUCCAGCUGCGGAAGCUCUACUGGGCCUUGAACGAUCUGAGUCCCGUGAUCACCGAGGCUCUAAAGCAGGAUAUCGGAAAAUCCGCCUUCGAGUCGGUGCUCACCGAGGUUGAAUGGCUCAAGAACGACUGCAUCUUCAUGAUCGAGAACCUGAAGACAUUUGCCAAGGAUGAGAAACUCGGCGCCCCGAGCGUUCCUCUCAGCUAUUCCAUGCUGAAUGUGCGAAUCAAGAAGGAGCCACUGGGUGCUGUCCUCAUCAUCGGACCGUACAACUACCCGCUCCAGCUGAUUUUCUCUCCGCUCAUCGGUGCCAUUGGUGCGGGCUGCACGGCUGUCAUUAAGCCGUCGGAGAUGGCUCCGGCGAGCGCCAUGGUGUCUAUAGAGAUACUCAAGGCCCUGGAUCCGAAGGCCUUCGCCGUGGUCAACGGCGCUGUUCCCGAGACGACAGCUCUUCUCGACGAGAAGUGGGACAAGAUCCUGUAUACCGGCAGCGCGAAUGUCGGUACAAUCAUCGCCAAGAAAGCCGCCGAGACGCUCACGCCCGUCUGCCUUGAGCUUGGAGGCCGGAAUCCCGCCUUCGUCACCAAGAACGCCAAUCUGGCCCUCGCAGCCAGACGGCUUCUCUGGGCAAAGACCACCAACGCUGGCCAAGUUUGCAUGUCGCAGAACUAUGUCCUCGUUGACAAGACUGUCGCUCCGACUUUUAUCGAGCAUCUCAACGCCUCGUCUCGCGAGUUUUUCCCCGACGGUGCCAAGGCAAGCCAGGACCUGUCGCGUAUCAUCAACAAGAGACACUUCCAGCGGAUGAAGAAGAUGUUGGACGACACCGAGGGCAAGAUCGUCAUGGGUGGUAAGAUGGAUGAGUCGGAACUGUUCAUCGAGCCCACCGCCGUGCUCGUGAACUCGAUGGACGAUUCCAUGAUGCAGGACGAAUCCUUCGGCCCCAUUUUUGCAAUCUACCCCAUCAACACGCUGGACGAGGCACUCAAUAUUGCCAACCGUGUCCACAGAACCCCCCUGUCCCUGUUCUCCUUCGGCUCCAAGGCCGAGAACAAGAGAGUCCUCAACGAGAUGACCUCGGGCGGCGCGACGCUGAACGACUCCUUCUUCCACGGCUCGAUCAACACGGUCCCGUUCGGCGGCGUGGGCGACUCCGGGUGGGGCGCGUACCGCGGCAAGAGCAGCUUCGACGUCUGGACACACGCGCGCACCGUCGCCGAGACGCCCUCGUGGAUGGAGCGCUUCAUCCGCGUCCGCUACAUGCCCUACGAGUGGAAGCAGCUGCGCUUCCUGCAGCGCCUGACCACCAAGAAGCCGGACUUCGACCGCAGCGGUAAGGUCGUGCGCGGCGGGCUGGUUUACUGGACUGGCCGGCUGCUGGGCCUGGGCGCCGGCGGCGCCAAAGGCGGAAGUGAUGUAUAAUAGUACCAAGAGCAAGGCGGCGAGGGCUAUGAGUUGUAUCGGUAACCAGGCGUCAGUACGGGGAUAUUGUUUGUACACUCAGUACGAGACCGGCACAGAUUAAUUGUUUCUAUUGCCGUAGUAAUUACCCUCUUUCAUCAGACCGUUCAUUGUAAUUGCUAUUCCAUGGGCCACACCACAUAGUCGCCGAUAAUUCCAUCCCAUAUAAGAUACAUGCAUUCUAACAAACUGAGUACGGUACACACAAAACUCUUCAUCUUCA